AUCAUGCACCGUGAUUGCCCGCUGGACUGUAAAGUGUAUGUAGGGACUGGGAAUAAUGGGAAUAAGUCAGAACUGGAGCGAGCCUUCGGUUAUUACGGGCCUCUGCGCAGCGUCUGGGUGGCCAGGAAUCCUCCCGGGUUCGCCUUUGUGGAGUUUGAGGACCCCAGGGACGCCACUGAUGCAGUGAGGGAGCUGGACGGCAGGACUUUGUGCGGUUGCCGCGUUAGGGUCGAGUUGUCCAACGGGGAGAAGCGAUCCCGUAACCGAGGCCCCCCACCUUCCUGGAGCAGACGUCCACGAGACGAUUACCGUCGCCGAAGCCCGCCUCCCAGGCGCAGAUCCCCCCGUAGGAGGAGCUUCAGCCGUAGCCGCAGCAGAUCUCUGUCUCGCGAUCGCAGAAGGGAGCGAUCUCUGUCUCGUGAUAGGAACCACAAACCCUCACGCUCCUUCUCCAGAUCCAGAAGUCGAUCUCGGUCGAACGACAGGAAGUGAGAGAUAAGCUCAUGAUUAAUGGACAUCUUGUGUUAAGAUCAUAGUCUUUUUAACUCCAGCGUUAUGGACUCGGACAACGUGUUUCAUUAGCAGUUUCUUUUUCCUUAUUUUAUAAAGAGUUUAGAUGUUUUAGAGCGGUUAUGUUUCUCACGUGUGUGUGUGUGUGUGUGUGUGUGUGUGUGAGCGAGUGUGUGAGAGAGAGAGAGCUCCGUUUCUCAGCUGUCACCAUGUCAUUGCUGACCUUUUUCUUUUUUUUCUUUUUUCUUUUUUUUUUAUAUUUGGGAUUCUGCAUCAAUUCUCUCAUUUUUGGUCAAGUAUGGUCAUGUGACUGUAACAAGCUGUUCCUACAUGUGCUCUUGAACAGGAGAUGAAGUGAGCUUUUUGUUUGAUGGCAUGAAUCAGUUACGAGAUGGAAAACUGUACGGCACUAUGAAGAAAUGUUUCCCUUCUCCUUUUUUUUUUCUGUAGUGUUUGUACCGUUUGUAAUAUUCAUCUAAAAUAAAGAACAUGGUUCAGAAUGA